GGCUCUCGUGGAGGCAGCUAGCGCGAGGCUGGGGAGCGCUGAGCCGCGCGUCGUGCCCUGCGCUGCCCAGACUAGCGAACAAUACAGGUACGUUUCGCACUGCCCGCGCCCGCCACCGCCACCGCCACCGCCGCCGCCGCAGCAGCAGCAGCUCCCGCACAACUUUACGGCCCGCUCCACCGCGAGCGCGCCUGCCACCGCUUACCCCUGCCUCUCCUUCUGCGCCCUUCCCGCCCCUUCGCCUUCCCUCUUGCUAGGUGGCCGGGAAGGAAGACGCGAUUCAGUCAAAAUGGCUAAAGGUGAUCCCAAGAAACCAAAGGGCAAGAUGUCUGCUUAUGCCUUCUUUGUGCAGACUUGCAGAGAAGAACAUAAGAAGAAAAAUCCAGAAGUCCCUGUCAAUUUUGCAGAAUUUUCCAAGAAGUGCUCUGAGAGGUGGAAGACAAUGUCUGGGAAAGAGAAAUCUAAAUUUGAUGAAAUGGCAAAGGCAGAUAAAGUACGCUAUGAUCGGGAAAUGAAGGACUAUGGACCAGCUAAGGGAGGCAAGAAGAAAAAGGAUCCUAAUGCCCCCAAAAGACCACCGUCUGGAUUCUUCUUGUUCUGUUCAGAAUUCCGCCCCAAGAUCAAGUCCACAAAUCCUGGUAUCUCCAUUGGAGAUGUGGCAAAAAAGCUGGGUGAGAUGUGGAAUAACUUAAGUGACAGUGAAAAGCAGCCAUACAUCACGAAGGCUGCAAAGCUGAAGGAGAAAUAUGAGAAGGAUGUUGCUGACUAUAAGUCUAAAGGAAAGUUUGAUGGCACAAAGGGUCCUGCUAAAGUUGCCCGGAAAAAAGUGGAAGAGGAAGACGAAGAAGAGGAGGAGGAAGAAGAGGAGGAGGAGGAGGAGGAGGAUGAAUAAAAAACUGUUUAUCCGUCUUCUUGUGAAUACCUUAGAGUAGGGGAGCGCCAUGAUUGAUACAUCUUAUUUGAGAUGUGUCUGUUACUCUCAUUGGGUUUAAUUUCAGAAUUUGAUCACUAUCAUAUUGUUGUCUCUCAAAAUGCUCCAGAAAUUGUCAGUGGUUUACAUGAAGUGGCCCUGGGUGUCCAGAGCACCCUAAAACUGUAUCAAAGUUGUACAUAUUUCCAAACAUUUUUAAAAUGAAAAGGCACUCUCGUGUUCUCCUCACUCUGUGCACUUUGCUGUUGGUGUGACAAGGCAUUUGAAGAUGUUUCUGGCAUUUUUUUUUUUAAAUUUGUACGGUGGUGUUAACUAUAUGGUUAUUGGCUAGAAAUCCUCAGUUAUCAACUGUACAUAUCUAUAGUCUGUAAAAAGAACAAAACAACCGAGACAAACUCUUGAUGCUCCUUGCUUGGCGUUGAGGCUGUGGGGGGAAGAUGCCUUUUGGAGGGGCCGUAGCUCAGGGCGUGCACUGUGAGGCUGGACCUGUUGACACUGCGGUGGGCAUCCAUUUAGCUUCAGGUUGUCUUUGUUUUUGUAUAUAGUGAUAUAGCAUUCUGCUGCCUUUCUUAGUUGUGGAAAAAGGGGGGUCAGCUGGCAUGAAAAGUGUUUGAAUUUUUUUUUAGUUAAGUACGGUAGAUUUUAAACUUUGAUUUCAAACAAACUGUAGAACUCUUCAUUGUCAGCAAAGAGCUACUGCAUCAAUGAAAGUUCAAGAACCUUCUGUAAUUAAAUGCAAUUUGCAACGUUAUGUUAUUUUUUGUAUGUUUAGAAUGCUGAAAUGUUUUUGAAGUUAAAUAAACAGUAUUACAUUUUUAAAACUGUUCCUCCCUAUAAAUCUGGUAACUUCUACUUUACUCACAUGGUCAGCUUAGGACUGAGAUGAAGGAGGGGGCUACUUGAAGUUACUGCAUGAUUUGUUGUAUCUGAAUGGCAUUAAGAGGAAGUGUAGACCAGUGAAUAUAGUGACAUAGGCAAGGGCCAGCAGCCUUCAGUAGUGUUCAGGAAGGCAGGCAGGUGGGAUGGGGGCCAGGUAACUCCAGAUUUUACUUUUUACCUUCGGCUCUACAUCUCCUUUUGGUGUCAAAUGCAUUGCUAAACAGUAAGAAUGUCUUCCAGAGUGUAUAGGGUGUAAAACUUAAGCAUACCUUAUUUAUUCUCACUCCUCUCUGACUCCUGCACAUGUAAUGGGAUGCAGAGUUAUUUCUUGUGCUCAACAUUUGAGGAGGCCUUAAAUUGCUGCUUGUCUCCUAGACCCCAGUGAGGGGGGAUGGGGUGGGGUAGGGGACAUUAUCCGUAUUUUGGCCCUCAUUCAAAAAAUCAGACAUUCCAAGAAAGUUAUUCAAGUUCCAUCUUGGGUCACUUCAGCAGGCCGAUAGGAUCAACAUUUCUAAGCAGUAAAUGUAUCAUGAAAUAGAGUGGCCUACCUGUGAUUUGAACUUAUUCACCAGAAAUGUAGAUUGUUGUUCAAUGUUCUUAAACUAAAGAAGCUUGGUUUGUGUUUCAGUGGUUGUAUUAGUAAAUGGUGUUAACAUUUUGCCCAGGUUAGGAAUGGGGGUGGUUGCUACAGUGGCAAAUGGUGAUACUAAAUAUCAGUGGAUGGCUUAUCUGUACUUCACUGAAGUAACAAAUGAUAAUACUGUUGUGGGUGAGUGUCAGCAUUGCCUAGCACUAACACUUGGAUAUAGAAAUUUUUUUCUUUUUUUUUUUUUGUGUGUGUAUGGUAUUUUACAAGAAAGCUUUUUCUUAAAAGUUCACUCUUCGAAACCUUGCUUGUCUAAGGAGCUGUCUUUACUGUGUCAGGUCCUAGAUGAGUGCAAGUCAUGGUCACAGCCUGAUCUUCAUUCAUAAACAUUCCCUCUCCAUCAGAACUGUUUGUCCUAAAUAUGUUUUUUUAAAUUCUUCCACUAAUUUAAAAACCCUUGGUCAUUAGUUUUGCCCAGAGGCACUUGUUCCAGGAUUGUUCAUCCUGCUUUAGCCAUGCCCUUGUCACUUGGCAUUCUAAACUGAAACUGCUACUACUGCACAAUGCACAAUGUACAGGCCAACCUCAUCAGAUAUGGAAGAGAUGCUCAACCAGUAAUCCCAAGGAAGUAGUUUUCUAACUAUGGGUGGGGGUGGAUUUUAUGCUCCCUCAGUAGCCAGAUAGAAGUGGGGGGUAGGUAUUUAGCUAAAUGAUGUUUGAUUAAGCAGACUUGGUUAUAGAGACUCCAGUAGCUUGUUACAAGACCAUUACUCUUAAGGUUUAUACACUGCCACUAGAUGUCCCAGUGGAAUGUUCUCUAGCUUCUCUGAGAUGCUUUAAGUGGCAUGAUGUUACCACAAAAGGUUAGGCUUAGCUUGAUUUCUGGACCAAUCCUCUUGCAAUGCCAAUCUGUUAUUAAGUCAAAAGGACAGUAUUUUUUCUCUUAAACACUCUCUUCCAACCCCCUUACCCUGUUCUUGAGUAAUGUUUUAUCUUUUGGAAAGAACAAGGCUGUAAUGUAGCAACUAUUGUCUGUGUCUCCCUUGUGUCUGUUUUUGUCACAAAUGUACUUGGGGACGUUGGAUGCAUUCAUUUUCUGUAAUAAAGUUUCUUAAUCAGUCUUCCCAAAAAGUAA